AUGGAGGAACCUGAAUCAGCCAAUUCCAUUUCUGAUCCCAGUGGAGCCAGCCUCCUCGAGAUUCAAUCUCCCUCGCCCUUAGCCCCUGUUCAGGAUCCAGAUCCUCAACCCUCCUCAUGUGAGCAUGUUCCUCUUGAUCACGCCGCUGACAAGGAUGAAGAGCAGCUGGAGCAGCUCCAUCAGCUCGUUGGGAAGCAGCUGCAGCUGAAGCAGCCUCUCGGCGAAGAGGAGGGGGUGGUGGUGCUGGAAACUGAGAGAGAUUCGAGCCAGUUAAAUGGCCGAAGAGAGGUUGAGGAGCAGUCGGUGGAGCAACAUACCAAUGGAGAGAGUGAUGUCCUUGAAGAACCAAAUGUUCGGAAUAUGAACGAGGACGCUGAGACGCUGGAGGAGAAUGAAGGAGACGAGGAGUGGAAGCAGACAAAAAGUAAUGGCGGUGGGAUGAUUAGGCAUCACCAGUUUCCGGUGAGGCCUGAAGCCGAAGACUGCUCUUACUAUAUGAAGACAGGGAAUUGCAGAUUCGCCUCCAACUGCAAAUUUAAUCACCCGGCUAAGCAGAAAACCCAGGUGAUGAGGGAAAGAAUGGGGGAGAAAGAAGAAUCAGCAGAGAGACCAGAGCAGAUUGAAUGCAAGUAUUACUUGAGGACAGGGGGCUGUAAGUAUGGGAAAGCUUGUAGAUUCAACCACUCAAAAGUGAGAACUCCAGCCGUCUUUGCAAAACCACCAGUGGUGCAGAUUCUUGAGUUUAACUUUCUUGGUCUACCAAUCCGACCGGGAGAGAAAGAGUGUCCAUAUUAUAUGCGCAAUGGCUCGUGCAAGUAUGGGUCAAACUGCAGGUUUAAUCAUCCUGAUCCUACAGUGGUGGGGGCCAAUGAACAUUCUUCACCAAUUGCUAAUGGUGGUUCUUCAUCCAUCAAUGCUUCAUCACAUUCAAACAUACCACCAUGGUCUCCCCCACCGCCACGACCAGCACUGAAUGACACUCCCCCUAAUGUCCCAAUAUUGUUUCCCUCAAAUCAAAGCACAAGUUCCCAGAAUCUUGAAUGGAAUGGUCAUCAGGCUCCUGUAUAUCCACCGCCAGAGCAAGGUAUGGCUCCUUCUCAUAUGCCAUAUUUCAUGAUCAACCCUGCGAUAGGAACCAAUAUUUACGGUCGUCAGCAACAACCGAUGGUAGUAGAUGAGUACCCAGAGAGGCCUGGUCAACCGGAUUGCAGUUAUUUCUUGAAAACUGGGGGGUGCAAGUUUAAGGGCAACUGCAAGUUCAAUCAUCCUAAAACUCGGAUCACGAAAUCGCCUUCCUGUAUUCUUAGUGAUAAGGGCCUGCCAUUGAGACCUGAUCAGAAUGUAUGUGCUUACUACAGUCGCUAUGGGAUCUGCAAGUUUGGUCCUGCAUGUAAAUUUGACCAUCCGAUUCAAGUGGACUCCUCGACAGGGUCUCUUGAUCGCCUUCAGUUUCGUGCCUUCGGAAACUCUGGCACUCACGAAGAAGAUGACAGAUGCUGA